AUGUUAUGUGUGUACACAAAGGAAAAUAUCAACGUCAAGGGUGUACACAUGGCCACAGUCGAUGACAUCGAAGGACUGACCCACCUAAGAGGGAUUGGCAUCCCUGUGGCCACUGAAGAUGAGGUGGGACUGGUCAUCGGUCAAGACGUCCCAGAAGCUCUGAUGCCUCUAGAGGUUAGACAUGGAGAGAAAGGACCAUACGCAGUAAGGACGUGCCUUGGGUGGUCACUCCAUGGUCCACUCAGCCGAGCAUGUGAAAUGAACACUCCAGUGUAUGCUACGAACACCUUCAUCGAAGGAGAUCUGUGCCUCGAGAGACAGUUAGAGAGGUUCUGGAAGCUUGAGACCCCUGAUCCUUUCAAGGAAGAGAGAGCUAUGUCAAGGAAUGAUGUCAAGGCCUUGGCAGAAUGGGAGCAGGGCAUCUGCAUAGAGGAAGGUCAUUAUCAGCUCCCUAUCCCGUUCAAGAAGAGACCUCCAGAUCUCCAGAAUAACCGAUGGUUGGCUGAAAGGAGACUCCAAAGUCUUGGAAGAAGGCUUAGUCAGAGUGAUGGUCUCCUUCAGAAGUAUACAGAUGGCAUGGCAGACCUUUUGAAGAAGGGAUAUGCAGAGGAGGUCAAUGAACUUGACAGUAAGAAGGAAUGCGAAUGGUAUUUGCCACAUCACCCGGUAUUCCAUCCCCAGAAACCGGGAAAAGUGAGAAUAGUCUUCGAUUGUGCAUCAGCAUGGAAAGGUUUGUCACUGAAUGAUGUGGUUAAUCAGGGACCAGAUCUGACUAACAAGCUGAUCGGAGUGCUGUUGAUGUUUAGAACUGCGCCAGUGGCUUUGAUGGCAGACAUUGAAGCGAUGUUUCAUCAAGUUCGUGUGCCAGCACCAGACCGAGAUGUACUGAGAUUCUUAUGGUGGCCAACAGGUGACUUGAAGGAAGAUCCAUGUGUCUACAGAAUGUGUGUGCACUUAUUCGGUGGGACUUGGAGUCCCAGCUGCUGUAGCUAUGCCUUACGACGCACAGCUGAAGACAACAAGGGUGAAUUCUCUCCUGAAGCAGUAAAGGCAGUGACUAGGAAUUUCUAUGUGGACGACUGCUUAAUCUCCACUAAGGAUGAGGAAGAUGCCAUACGACUAGCACAAGAAUUGAAAAGCCUGCUAGAGAAGGGAGGCUUUAACCUGAUCAAGUGGACAAGUAACAACCGCAAAGUUGUGAAAGCCAUCCCAGUGGAGGAUAGAAGUAAACAAGUUAAGGACUUAGAUCUUAGCAAGGAAGCACUACCAGUUGAAAGAGCCCUGGGGAUCAAAUGGGAUGUGCAAGAGGACCGUCUAGAGUACAAGACAUUGAUAAAGGAGAAACCACUGACAAGAAGGGGUUUGCUUAGCAUUGUGUCAAGCAUUUAUGACCCGCUUGGCUACCUGAGUCCCUUUAUCUUGAGAGCUAAGCUGUUGAUGCAGAAGUUAGCAACAAAGAAGUUAGGAUGGGAUGACCCAAUUUCAGAUGUUGGACUGCAGUUAUGGCAGCAGUGGGUAAAACAACUUCCUGAAGUAGAAAACUUCAAGGUACCAAGAUGUGUGGUUCCUGCAGGAUAUAGUGCCAAGACAGAGCAUCAGUUACAUCACUUUGCUGAUGCAUCCGAAGAUGCCUAUGGAGCGGUGACAUACCUGGUGGUACGGAACUCUAAAGGGUAA